GGCUGGGGCGCGGAGGGCCGCGGGUGCGGGGAGCGGGAGGAGCCCGGGCCGCGUGCCGCGCGUCACCAUGCUGCUCCCGCAGCUCUGCUGGCUGCCCCUGCUCGCCGGGCUGCUGCCGCCCGCGCGCGCGCACAAGUUCUCGGCGCUCACGUUCUUGCGCGUGGACCAGGACAGGGACAAGGACUGCCAGCUGGCGUGCGCCGGCGCCGCGCAGAAGCCGCUGUGCGCCUCGGACGGCAGGACCUUCCUGUCCCGCUGCGACUUCCAGCGCGCCAAGUGCAAGGACCCGCAGCUGGAGAUCGCGCACCGGGGCGGCUGCAGAGACGUGUCCCGGUGCGUGGCCGAGAGGAAGUACACCCAGGAGCAGGCCCGGAAGGAGCUGCAGCAGGUGUUCAUUCCGGAAUGCAACGACGACGGGACCUACAGCCAGGUGCAGUGUCACAGCUACACGGGAUACUGCUGGUGCGUCACGCCCAACGGGAGGCCCGUCAGCGGCACGGCCGUGGCCCACAAGACGCCCCGGUGCCCCGGUUCCGUAAAUGAAAAGCUGCCCCAACGGGAAGGCACGGGAAAAACAGUCUCCUUGCAAAUCUUUUCCGUUCUGAAUUCAGAUGAUGCCUCAGCUCCAGCGCUGGAGACGCAGCCUCAAGGAGAUGAAGAAGAUAUUGCGUCACGUUACCCCACGCUCUGGACUGAACAAGUUAAGAGUCGGCAGAACAAAACCAGUAAGAAUUCAGCGUCCUCCUGUGACCAGGAGCAGCAGUCGGCCCUGGAAGAGGCCCGGCAGCCCAAGAAUGACAACGUGGUGAUCCCGGAGUGUGCCCACGGCGGGCUCUACAAGCCGGUCCAGUGCCACCCGUCCACCGGCUACUGCUGGUGCGUCCUGGUGGACACCGGACGCCCCAUCCCCGGCACAUCCACCAGGUACGAGCAGCCGAAAUGUGACCACACGGCCCGGGCUCACCCGGCCCGGACCAGGGACCUGUACCAGGACCGCCCGCUGCAAGGUUGUCCUGGUGCCAAAAAGAAUGAGUUUCUGACGAGCAUUCUGGACGCGCUGUCCACCGACAUGGUGCACGCCGUGUCCGACCCCUCCUCGGGCAGGCUCUCGGAGCCCGACCCCAGCCACACGCUGGAGGAGAGAGUGGUGCACUGGUAUUUCAAACUGCUUGACAAGAACUCCAGCGGGGACAUCGGCAAGAAGGAGAUCAAGCCCUUCAAGAGGUUCCUUCGGAAAAAAUCAAAGCCCAAAAAGUGCGUGAAGAAGUUUGUCGAGUACUGUGACGUGAACAACGACAAGUCCAUCUCGGUGCCGGAGCUGAUGGGCUGCCUGGGGGUGACGAAAGAAGAAGGUAAAGCCAGCGCCAGGAAGCGCCCCACCCCUAGAGUUAAUGCUGAAAGCACUUCUAAUAGACAGCCAAGGAAGCAAGGGUAGCAGCUCUCACACCCCAGGCGGUCCCUGGACACGUGGGAGACUCCCUCACCAAGACGCAGUUAAAACAAAAACAAAAACACA